AUGUCAGCACGAAUUUCUUUCAUAUCGAGGUUCUCUCCAAGGCCUCAAUCCUCGCAAGCUAGCCCACCCGCCAUCUGGUCAAGAAGUUUCUCUCGCUUUGCCCGCACAGCACCGGCAGCGGAGGUCGUCAAGGCCUUGAAAGAGGAUGGAUGCAUUGUCAUUGAAUCCAUGCUGCCAUCCUCACAGGUUGCCCGGCUGAAUAAAGAUAUGGAUCUAGCUUUGGCCAAUAUAAAACCCGGGAGACCGGCCAACGCCAACACAGCACCGCUCCCAGAAGGUGCCGACCCAGCCGUGUUUGGAGCCAAAACGAAGCGCCUAGGGAACAUGUUGAACUCCAGCGCGGCAUUUCGCGAGGACAUUGUCAACAACGAUAGCCUCCACAAUAUUUCAGCCGAAAUAUUCAAGGAGACCGGCGACUACUGGCUCAGCACCGCACAAAUGAUUGAGAUUGGGCCGGGGACGAAAGCCCAGCCACUCCAUCCCGAUGCCGUGGGCUGGUGGCCGUUCUGGAGCAUGGGCGACAAAUGGAUGCCGGAGUUCGCGGUCAACUUUUUGAUUGCUGCAACUGACACGACAAAGGAGAACGGAGCGACGGGAGUUGUUCGCGGCAGCCACAAGAUGAGCUAUGCAAAUGCUCUGGACAAUCCUUCGGAGCUGUGGAAGUACUCUGAUGAUGAGGUCGAGCAGGUCGAGCUGAAGGCUGGAGAUUGUCUCCUCUUGGGUGGCAGGAUUGUGCAUAGGGGAGAGGAAAACAAGACUGAUGAUGAGUAUCGCAGAAUACUGAGCUGCACUAUCAUCAGCUCCGCACUCACACCGGAAGAGGCUCACCCUUUGCUCCUGGAGAGGGACAAGGCAAAGGAGCUGUCGGAGAGAGCCAAGAAGUUUCUUGGCUUCCGCGAGCUCUCGACUACUAUAGGCCCUGAUGUCUGGCAGGAUCACCGAAAAGGUGGAUUAAAGAAAGCCCUGGGCUUCUAA